AAAUAAGUGCAUUCCAAAAGAUGGUUUACUGUUAUGGCCUAGAUGGCCAACAAGUUUCCCAAACCGUGUAUCUAGUCCUGUUUUUCAAGAUUUACUUUUCACAAGCCCAACAUCAAACAUAUAUAGUCACACAAGUCACACACACUACUAUAUGCCAGAGAGUGGCUGGCACAAGAAGAUAAGACUAAGCAAGGCACAUAGAUCCCCUACCAGGCUAAGCCACUCUGGCAAGAAGUCACCUGGAUCUCCAAGAAAACGGUCAAGUGGAGACUCCAUCCACUCCAACUUCACAUCUCUCGGAAGCUUUUCCAGUCCUGGUGCUAGUAGAAGGAUUCCCAUCACCUAUACAUGUCAGCCCACCGUAACACCGGCCUGCCUUCAAUGCAUUAUGCCUAAGGUACUCGCACCUGCAAAAGGUUUCUUUUGUAGUGAUCGAAGUGCUGCCUAUGACGACCUGGGAGCUAAGCUAGGAGGAAACCCGUUGACUAGACUCUGCCUAGAGUAUGGCUCAGUUGAGCUAGCCAUGCAAGUUAUGUCUAGACCAUUCUUUCCUCCCCUUGAAGGAGGCCUAGGUGCAAUUAAGCCCACAAAUGGAUGGUCACAUAUUCAAAUACCAG